CCCCUCCCGGAGCCGCGCGCUGUCCCCGCGGCCGCUCCUCCGGCGCCCGGAGAUCCGCGGCGGUCACGGAUCGCGCCUCGCCCGCCGCUCUGGGCGGGACGUCGGUGGCCGCCGUCGCUGGCGGCGGAACCGGAGCGGAGGGGUGCGGUGCGGUGCUCGUUCCUUGGCCGGCCCGGGCGCGGCGGACCCGGCGGCGGGAAGGUGAAGAUAACUACAGUAAGAUAGCUCUGAAUACAGGUUCUGUUGUUAAGUUAACUUUCAAUCCAUUAAUUUCCUUACUGGACGUGAAUUCUUCAAGUCACCAGUAUGGCUCUGGCUGUGAUGUUGCUGAAUGGUGCUUCCUUCCAUGGUGCAUGCUGCAGGCACAGAGUUUUGCUCUCCUCACUUGGACCUCUUCUCAGCAAUUCAAAACUGUACAGCAGCUACAGGAGGCCAGGGGCAGUGCCUGAGAAAAAACUGUUUUGGCAGAAUGCUGAUUUCAGCUUUAAGAAGAGCAUUGAUCACCUGAAGACUCAUCUAAGCUUGCUGAAGAAGGAAACCCAAGAGUACUUGAAAGGACCUGGAGGCCAUCCAUUAAAUCAGCACUUGCUGGAACAAACAAGGGUGUUGUGGCAGUUUAGGAGCCAAGAAGAUUUAAAUAAAUGGGUUAUUUCCUCUGAUGUGGAGAUUGGAGGGAAAAGUAAAGUUUACAUCAAACUGGGUAGGAAUAACCAGGCUGCUCUGCUGUAUGGAACCCUCAAUACAGAAGUGCCUCGUGAUGGGGAGACAAAAUACAGUGGAUAUUGCAGUAUGAGAUCCAGACCGCUAGUGGGAUCUUUUAACAGGAAGAAAUAUUAUGACUGGUCAAACUUCAAUAGUCUGUAUUUACGUGUCCGUGGUGAUGGCAGACCUUGGAUGGUAAACAUUUAUACAGACCCCUACUUCUCUCAUCAAAAGGAUGACCUCUACAGCUACUUCAUGUUUACCCGAGGAGGCCCAUACUGGGAGGAAAUAACGAUUCCAUUCUCCAAAUUCUUUCUCUCCAGUCGGGGAAGAGUCCAGGAUAACCAGCAUCCUGUCUGGUUAGACAAGGUUAGAACCCUUGGAUUCACCAUUGGAGAUAAAGUAGAUGGUCCAUUCCAGCUGGAGAUCGAUUUUAUUGGUCUGCUAAAUGACAGAGCUCAUAAAGAAAAGUUUGCCUAUGAAGCAUAUGACAAGAACACUCCAGUCUAAGUUGGGCUGCUGUCCUUUGGAACAUUCUUCAGAUAUUUGGUUUAUUUUUAUAAAAUACUUAUAAACAUAUGGCUUUUAACAACUUGAAGGGCCUAUGUAAAUAUUAAAUAGAUAAGUGCAUGAAGUGUGGCACCACUGACAUCUUUAAACUCCCAACUACAGAAUCAUGGAGAGACUGUACAUAGAUGGAUGGACUGAAAUGUAGCCUGAGAGCAGUUGUGAUGUUCUUACUUACAAGGCAGUAACUCUUCUUGGUGAAAUCAAAGUAUUUUACAAGUUUGUUCUUUUUUUGUCCAACAUUUUCAUUUUCUACAUUAUGUGGUUUGUUGACUGCUGUAAAACACUUGCAUUUGCUAGUUUUAAACUGAAAAAGAUGAGAAUAAAUACUCUGAGGACUGGU